ACAAUUUGUAAGGACUGGCCCCUUUAAGUUUUGGUCCUCCUCUAGAUGCGGAACCCCAACAGCCUUGCAAUGUGCAAUUUGAGCAGAUCGGUGCAUUGUCCUUCGAUUCCUGAGACAAGGGGCGGCACUCCAAUCCAGCACCGCCGUCAAAGCUAUAAAGCGGCUUGCAGGACCAAAGGUGGAGAAAGGUGCAAGAAUUGUCUCCAGGUGGUACUGCAAUGGCCUGUACGGUAGCCCGUGCGGCUGGCUCGUGCGCCAUUGCAUUGGGGCCCAGCCAGAUCCGGCAAUGUAGCCAGUCAUGCAAUGCAGGGGUGCAGUUUGUUGGGUUCAGGAAAGCGCAUCAAAUGUCCUUUAAGAAGCCGGAAGAGAAUCCCUCAUGCAUUCUUGCCGCAAAAUCGCUGGGUCCUAAGAGUCGCUCAGCGAGGAGCCACGGCAUUACCAUGGCUGGGACGGGCAAGUUCUUUGUCGGGGGCAACUGGAAAGCGAAUGGGCUGGUAGGGGACGUCAAGCGGCUCGUCUCCGAACUGAAUGCCGAGCAGAUAUCAGAUGAUGUUGACGUCGUCGUUGCCCCUCCCUUCGUCCACCUUCCCCUCGUGAAGGACAGUCUUCGGCCGGAGAUUCAGGUUGCUGCACAGAAUGCCUGGGUGGGCAAGUGCGGAGCCUACACCGGAGAAGUCACGGCGGAACAGCUGGUUGACUUGGAUAUCCCUUGGGUCAUCUUGGGCCAUUCGGAACGGCGAAACAUCAUUGGGGAGUCAAACGAAUUCGUGGGCCAAAAGGCGGAGUACGCCCUGAGCAAAGGCCUGUCGAUCAUCGCGUGCAUUGGGGAGCUGCUCGAGGAUCGGCAGGGCGGCCACACCUUCGACGUGGUGUUCGCGCAGUUGAAGGCGCUCGCAGAUCACAUAAGCGACUGGGAGAAGGUGGUGGUUGCGUACGAGCCUGUGUGGGCCAUCGGGACGGGCGUGGUGGCGUCUCCCGAGCAGGCGCAGGAGGUACACGCCGGUGUUCGGCAGUGGCUCACGGACAAUGUCUCAAAGGACGUUGCCGCCAAGACGCGCAUUCUUUACGGAGGGUCGGUUUCUCCUAAAAACGCUCAAGAUCUGGCAAAGAAGGAGGACAUCGACGGGUUUUUGGUCGGCGGCGCUUCGUUAAAGGGGCCUGACUUCGCUACAAUCUGCAACUCUGUCCAGUACAAGACCAGCCCAGCUGUACUGUAGGUUGAAUUGGAUUACUGGAAAAAUCGAUCUUUCCAUGUUCGGGUGCUCUUUCAAUUUAUCGCCCAGCAAUCUUUGGGGGAACUUGCCGCUGCCAGUUCUCGCAACAUGUGUAUGUUAGGAAAGGCUGUCCACUAAGACUUGGGUAGACGAAUUAACGUGCUUCUCAAUGAUGCAUUUUAGUCGGAACUGGUUGGGGCCCAUGAAGGAAUUUGAUCUAAGCCCAUCGUUGCAAGGGCGCGUUUUUUGAUUGUGGAUGUGACACCGAUGCAAUGUUCUUAAGGACACUUCCUUGCGAG